AUGGGGUUCUCCUUCUUCACCUCUCGAGCCGGUGUUCGAUUGCUGGACAGGAUCGCGCGCCCUGGCGUCUCCACAGCAGCACUUCUGUUCGCAGCGGCCAGUGGUGGAGGCCUUGUGGUGUACGCGGAUUCCGCUGCAGAGAGUGCUCCGGAGCCAUCUCAGGAUGCUCCCAAGAAGAAGGUGCUGGUUCUUGGGACUGGCUGGGCUGGGACAUCAUUCCUCAAGAACCUCGACUGCUCCCGGUAUGAAGUGAAGGUCAUAUCGCCCCGGAACUACUUCGCAUUCACGCCUCUGCUUCCGAGUGUCACAUGUGGCACCGUCGAGGCGCGCAGCAUUGUCGAAUCGAUACGGAGGAUCCUUGAGAAGAAAAACAAGGAUGUCACAUUUUGUGAAGCAGAGUGUUUCAAGAUUGAUGCAAAUAAAAAAACUGUACAUUGCUGUUCUGCUGUUGGAACUAAUCUUGAUGGGAACGGUGAUUUUGUGUUGGAUUAUGAUUACUUAGUUGUUGCUCUUGGAGCUACUGUAAGUACAUUUAACACUCCUGGAGUGCUGGAGCACUGCUGCUUUUUGAAGGAAGUAGAGGAUGCUCAGAAGAUACGGAGGUGUGUCAUAGAUUGUUUCGAAAAAGCAUCACUUCCAAAUAUUAGCGACGAGGAGAAAAGGAAAAUUCUACAUUUUGUGGUUAUUGGUGGUGGACCUACUGGAGUUGAAUUUGCAGCAGAGAUGCAUGAUUUUCUUGUCGAAGAUUUGGUGAAACUAUACCCUGCCAUUCAAGACUUUGUGAAGAUAACAAUUAUUCAAUCGGGAGAGCAUAUAUUGAAUAUGUUUGAUGAAAGAAUAGCUGCAUUUGCUGAACAGAAGUUCCAGAGGGAUGGCAUCGAAGUGUGCACGGGCUUCAGAGUGAUAAAGGUGUCUGAUGAUUUGAUUACAAUGAAGAGCAAAUCAGCUGGCAAGGAGGUAUCAGUGCCUUAUGGAAUGGCUGUUUGGUCUGCUGGCAUUGGUACUCGUCCUGUCAUCAUGGACUUCAUGCAACAAAUUGGGCAGACUAAUCGGCGUGCCUUGGCAACUAAUGAGUGGUUAAGAGUUCGUGAGUGUGAAGGUGUCUAUGCAAUUGGUGACUGUGCUACAGUGAGUCAAAGAAAAAUAAUGGACGAUAUUUCAAUGGUAUUCAAGAUGGCAGACAAGGACAAUUCUGGCACUUUAACACUGAAAGAGAUCAAUGAUGUUUUAGAAGAUAUAUGUAUAAGAUAUCCACAAGUAGAGCUCUAUAUGAAAAGUAUGCACAUGCUUGAUAUUGCGGAUUUAAUAAAAGGCGCAAUAGGUGAUUCUCACAAGGAGUCUAUGGUGGUUGAUACAGAGGAGUUCAAAAAAGCUCUGAGCCAUGUUGAUUCCCAAGUGAAAAAUGCUCCAGCAACAGCUCAGGUCGCUGCACAACAAGGACAGUAUCUCGCUGAAUGUUUCAACAAAAUGGAAAAAUGCAAAGAGGAACCAGAAGGCCCUUUGCGCAUGACAGGGGGAUCUGGCCGUCACUUUUUCCGCCCAUUUCGGUACAAGCAUUUCGGGCAAUUCGCACCCCUGGGUGGAGAACAAGCUGCUGCAGAGCUCCCGGGCGACUGGGUCUCCAUGGGCCACAGCACUCAGUGGCUGUGGUACUCUCAAGCAAGUGAGCUGGCGCACGAGGAUGCUGGUGGUUUCCGACUGGACUCGCCGGUUCAUAUUCGGGAGGGAUUCAAGCCGGAUUUAGUACCCGCCGCCGAACCAGAUGCAUCGUCAUCCUUCUUCUGCACAGGGAUUUCUUCUGAAGAAUAA